AUUGAAGGUGAACUGUUGAGGAAAAUUUCGACAUUAUUUUCUUUCUGCAUAUGGAUCUUUGGUGUUGGGUCUGGGCUUCGUCCACUGUCGGCGACCAUGUCGGAGUUCUUGAUGGGCUCAGGCUUCGAUCGUUUGCUGGAGCAGCUUACCCAGAUCGAAGUAAUCAGAUUCGGGCGUUCCGAGAAUCCGCCUGCAUCGAAGGCAACGAUAGAGUCUUUACCCACGAUCGAUCUUGGCGUGGAGGCCCGCGAGAUGCCGUGCAAGCACAUAUACCACUUGGACUGUAUCCUUCCCUGGCUUUCUCUAAGAAACACGUGCCCGGUUUGCUGGCACGAGUUGCCGAGCGAGCGUAACGAGGGUGAUAACUCAGAGGAGGAGACGGUGAGGUUAACCAUAUGGAGGCUACCGAGAGGUGGGUUUGCGGUGGGGAGGUUUUCUGGGGGAAGAAGAGCAGCCGCGGAGAGAGAACUACCGGUUGUGUACACUGAAAUGGAUGGUGGCUUCGGGGCAAGUGGGGCUCUGAGAAGGGUUUCGUGGGUUUCGAGACGGAGUAGAGGAAGAGAGAGUGGUGGAUUUCGCAAGGCUUUCUGCAAUUUCUUCUCCUUCCUGAGGUUUAGGCCUAAUUCUUCAUCUUCGAACUCUGGGUCUGAAUCUCGGUCUAUGAGCAGAAGCCAUAGUCAUUCGGGUUCGGUGUUAAGUAGGUAUUUGAAAAAAAAAAAUAAUAAUAAUAAUAAAACAAAAGAGUUAAUAGUUAAGAUUGUAAAUAGAAUAGAGAAAAAAAAUUAAUAAAAAAAUAAUAUAGAAAUAUU